CUGGAUAGUUGCUUAUAAGCGUUAUUCAGAUAAUGAUCAAUUGUUGCUUAUGGAUUCAAGAUGGCUGCGAUAUCACGAUUGAAACUUGAAGUUAUCUACGGGUCACAAAAGCAUAAAAUUGAACUCAGUCUACCUCCUAGUGAGGCUGGUGAUACGCUGACUGUCGAUCACCUACAGAAAAAAGUCCAGCAAUUGACGGAAGUGCCACCAGAAAAUCAGAAACUAAUAUUCAAAGGAAAGUCCUUAACUGGUUCAGAGAAUUCGUUGUCUGAGUUUGGUCUUAAGGAUGGAGUUAAGGUGAUGUUGAUUGGGAAAAAGCCUGUUCCCACAAAUGAUCCAGAGAUGACCGGCCUUCGGAAAGUGGAAACAAGUCUGAAAGAGGAGGAGAAAAGAUUAAGUGAUAUAACAUACAGAUUAGAUGGUAUACACAGGGGUUACCUGGAUGAAGAGAAGAAGCGAUACACCCUGAUUAAGUUGGACAAAGAUCUGGCUAGUGUUAUAGAGAGCUUCACUCGUUUGUUGGAGAAAUUGGACUGUUUCCUAUUUGAUGAGUUCAACAAAGAAGGGCGUGCUAAGAGAAAAACCAUUGUGGACAGAAUCCAGACACUUCUGGAUCGCUGUGAUGGCUUGGUGAAGGGUGUAAAAGACUUGAAAAUCAGCCAAGAAGAGAGUUGACAGAGUACAAAAUGUUGACGACUAGUACAGAACUAUUACAGUAACAAGAGGUAAAGAUGGAAUGUGUGGACACAAAGAUCUGGUUCAUAGAAAACUUAAACACACAAAGAUCUGGUUUGAAUAACAGAUUGUGAUGAAAUGUUUGGUACAAAUUCCAUCUUUAAACACAAGGGGCUGUGAUAAUUCAGUCAAUAAGAAUGCCAUAAAACUACCUCAGGUGAAGAUAUGAGGAGAGCAUUUAAUCUCUAACAAUUUGUGUUUCUCAGGAAUCAUGCAUCACCGGCCACCCUGUGGAGUUGUGGCUUUGUGUCCUUGGACAAGACACUUUACCCCAAUUAUUAUGGAUAGUUAGUAACAUGCCUUUGGUGUUGUUAGUGAGAUAGCCAUCAGCUACUCCAAUGAUACUCCCCAUGUGUUGUUCUGUGAGGUAGCCACCAGCUACUCCAAUGAUACUGCCUGUGUGUUGUUCAGUGAAGUAGCCACCAGUUACUACAAUGAUACUCCCUGUGUGUGUUGUUCAUUGAGGUAGCUACCACCUACUCUAAUGAUGCUGCCUGGGUGUUGUUAAGUGAGGUAGCCUCAAGCUACAUCAAUGUAGUCCCCAUCAUGCCAUGUAUUGUUCAUUGAGGUAGCGACCAGCUACUUCAAUAAGACUGUGCUGUUCAUCGAGGUAGCCAACAGCUACUCUAAUGAUACUCCCCAUGUGUUGUUCUGUGAGGUAGCCACCAGCUACUCCAAUGGGACUCCCUGUGUGUUGUUAGUGAGAUAGCCACCAGCUACUACAAUGAUACUCCCUGUGUGUGUUGUUCAUUGAGGUAGCUACCAGCUACUCUAAUGAUACUCCCCAUGUGUUGUUCAGUGAGGUAGCCUUCAGCUACUCCAAGGGGACUCCCUGUGUGUUGUUCAGUGAGGUAGCCACCAGCUACUCCAAUAGGACUCCCUGUGUGUUGUUCAGUGAGGUAGCCACCAGCUACUCCAAUGGGACUCCCUGUGUGCUGUUCAUUGAGGUAGCCACCAGCUACUCCAAUGGGACUCCCUGUGUGUUGUUCAGUGAGGUAGCCACCAGCUACUCCAAUGGGACUCCCUGUGUGCUGUUCAUUGAGGUAGCCACCAGCUACUCCAAUGGGACUCCCUGUGUGUUGCUCAUUGAGGUAGCCACCAGCUACUCCAAUGGGACUCCCUGUGUGUUGUUCAGUGAAGUAGCCACCAGCUACUUCAAUGAUACUCCCUGUGUGUGUUGUUUAUUGAGGUAGCUACCAGCUACUCUAAUGAUGCUGCCCAUGUGUUGUACAAUAAAGUUACAAGAACAUGAAGCCAAAACAAUAAUAUUUUCUUCGGACCUGUUUAUAUAGUGAUUCUUAUGACUUUUCAAAGAGUCAACUCACAAUAACAAUAAUUUCAUAUCAAACUUGACUCUGACUUUAACCUAAUUGCUCUGGAUGGCAUGUAGUUCUGGUCUCCCUUAUGUUGUUCAGUGAAGUAGCCACCAGCUACUACAAGGAACCUCACCAUUAAAUGACCCUGGCAUUUCACGGGGCGAUAAACCAAUCAAACGAACUGGUGUGAGCUUUGAUGUGAAUGUGUGAUUCAGUAAACAAAUAAAGAGCAUUAAGUUUCA